GAGAUUGUGUUUUUUAAUGCAAUUGAGCAGUUACGAAAGGAUUUUAUAAGAGCUGAUAUUAUGGUUAUGUGUUAUCAGUUCAUUUAAUUGCCAUAUAUAUAUAUAUAUGUUUUGUAGCCGAACGUUACUCUUUGGCUAACUUAGCCUAACUGUUAACUAGCUAACUGUGCUGUAAGCAGAGACGUCGACAGAAUAAAGGUAAUUUAAAGCUCUGUGAAGCAACUGCAAAGAGAGAGUAACCGUCCAAGACGUGAAGUGGUUAGACAUCAUGUCAGGUGCUGAAGCUAAGGAGGAGCUGGGGAAGAGUUCAGGAGUUAGGAAAGAGGAAACAGGGCAGUCUCAAGUCUACACUGCAACCAGAGACACACUCAUCCCAAAGAAGAGUGCCCUCACUAGAACACAUGCAUUGUCUCUAGCAUGGGUAUUUGGGAGGAAUCCUGCUCUUCCUGCCUUCAGUCUGCAAGACCACGAUCAGCUGGUGGUGCUCUAUUCAGGAGCUAAUGUUGGGGUCAUCUACAAUCACACAACAAACUCCCAGCACAUACUUCAGGGUCACUGCUGCAACAUCUCACGUAUGUGUGUCAGCGAGGACAGACGCUGGAUUGCAUCAGCAGACACAAGCACCACAGUGAUGAUAUGGGACUCCUACUCUGGCAUUCCAGUGCAUACGUUGUUCGAUUGCCACCCCGAGGGAGGUGUCACCGCGAUGGCGUUUUCAAGAGACACGAAACAUCUGGUAACCCUCGGGGCUGAGGAAGUUCAACGUGUGUGUAUUUGGGAUUGGACAAAAGAAACAGAUAAGCCUUUGUGGUUUAUUGAACUCAGUCCCAACCAUGGUUUCCAAGAUUACAUCAUUUUUAAUCCAAAUGAUAGCACUCAGUUGCUCAGCAAUAGUAAAAGCAAGGUGCUGUUUUACAGCAGGGCCAAAGGAAGUCUGCAAUACUUUGCCCUGACGAUUAAGGAGUACGCUUCUCAAACGGGCACCAUGGCGGGCGGGUCACUGUCUGUGUUUCACUUGAGAGAGCAUCAGACCCUAACGGCAACUGGGGCCGGCUGCCUCGUCGUGUGGGAUGUGACGGAAGAUUUAGCUGCAAACCAAAACCCCUCCAGAUACAGAAUCUAUCUCAUUCACCUUCAGAACGAUCCGAUCACUGCUCUCACCGUCACUGACAGCUGUGUUGUGACGGGGGACACUCAAGGCCACAUCAAGUUUUAUGAUGAAGAGCUCUUGCUUCUCAUUUGGUACAGUGAGUUCAACCUGGAUGCUAUUACUUACAUUUCCUUUUCCAAAGAGUGUGCAGAAGGAUACCUGGAGGACUACACACUGGAGGCAAAACCAUUACUCAUCAGGAACUUUGUUGUGUCCACAGCCAGUUCCACAGUGAUACAUGUGAAUACACAGAAAGGCAUCCCUCAGAUCCUGCUACAGAAGGGAAGUGGGCCUAUUCUUGCAGUGGCCUGCCACCCCAAACAGCCAGUUGUGGCCAUGGGCAAUCGAAGGGGUGUUUUAAAAGUGUGGAACUAUGACAACAAAGCCGUCCUCUGCAGCAGGGUCUUCGAGACAGAGGAGCAGAUUCAGUGUGUCACUUUCGACCCUCAAGGAGUAUACCUGGCAGUUGGCUUUGGCAGUGGAGCGGUUCACAUACUGAAUCCCAGCACUUUACAAAGUGAUCCAGAGGAAUGUUUUCAUUUCACUAAAGACAGCAUCCACCACAUCACUUUCUCCUCAGACUCAAAGUAUCUUGCCACUGCGGACGCCGGAAAAGCGGUGACAGUAUUCCGUUUGCAGAGUAAUGGAGGCUCUCUGCCUCGUUGGGCAUAUAUGGGCAGACACCACUCCCACUACAAGCCCAUCAAAGACCUUCUUUUCGGGGUUCAUCUGGACAGCACACAACCCAGACUGCUCUCUCUGGGUCUGGACCGCCGACUGGUGGAGUAUGACCUGGAAAACAGUGACUUAAAUAAGCUUCUCAUCCUAAGCUCGGAGCGCAUUGAGCAAAGCGCUGUGCCAAUGAGCAUGACUUGGUGUCCUCCUCUUACUACAGAGCAAUUUCUCCUCGUUGCCUCAGACCAAUACAAGAUGAAGCUGUUUAACAGCACUACUAAGAUGUGCAGAAAGACUCUCCUUGGACCAACAUAUGGCUCUCCCAUUGAGAAAGCAGUGGUCCUUCCCAUGUGCAAAGAACCUGAAACAAACUCAUAUUACUUGGCAUACAUCACAGAGGACAAGGUGGGUCUCCAGAUCAUGCCUCUGGAUGGGAACCCCUACAAGUCCAACGCUGUGGUCUGCCAUCCAACAGGGGUGUCCACUUUUGCCUGCUCUUACGACGGCCGAUUUGUUUUCACCGCAGGAACGUCUGACUGGACUGUCCUGUCGUGGGAGAUAAGCUUAAAUGCAUUGGAGGCGGCAGCUGCCUUGGGAGGGAGGGACGUGAUGCCCUUUUACACUCUUUUAGAGGGAGGCAGAGAUGGCAAAUUCUACAGGGAGAUGGAGAACUUUUUCUAUUACUGCCAAGUCCGUCAUCAAGGCACUGACACAAUGGAGAAACGACAACUGUCUACCAAAAUCCCUCUGUCAGAGGUUCCCUCUCUAAUGAGAGCGUUGGCCUACUUCCCCACUGAGCAAGAGAUAGAAGAUAUGCACAACGAGGUCAAAUUCAGCAAGUACGCAGAAACAGGAAAAUAUGUGACCGACAUCGACCUGGAGGAGUUUAUCAAGCUGUAUGUCAACCACCGGCCAGCUUUGGGCCUCUCGAGCAAUGAGCUUGUUCAAGCUUUUCACGUCCUUGGUGACCGUGAUGAUACAGGACAGGCUGUUUUGCAUAAACAUGAACUGCUAGAACUUCUACAGACUCGAGGAGAACACAUGACAGAGGAAGAGGUGGCAGAGUGUUUCACUACCCUGUUAUGCAUCAGUGAGGAGGAGAAAGAAGGAGAAGCAGGACGAGGGGAACAAUCUGACCAUGACAGCCAUGAAUCUGACAGUGGAAAUUCUGAAUAUUCCCUGGCGUGUGCGAUCCCAGAUGAGAUAUCCAUGGAGACAUUUACAGGUCACAUCUUGGGCUUUGCGUCCUCAGCUGAGCAGAGUGGCAGGUCUUCCCCUCCAGAGUGAUGAAAGCAAGAAGCUGUGUUGAUGAUGAGCCUCACACUCUCUACUGCUCUUUUUAAGAUUGCUUUACAUAACAGGCCCUAACAGAAAUGCUGGAAUUUGUAUGUAUUGUUUUUGAUGAAUAAAUAUCAAUAUUAA